AUGGACCUUUCAGAAUCCGCUCAUUCCGCUCAUUCCGCCAGUGUGGAGAGUGCCACGCCAGUUCCUAGUAAACUAAGGCGCUCGUGUGAAGCAUGUCGGUCAUCCAAGGGCAGAUGUCUACCGAGUAAAGAUGAUCCUAAUUGCUGUGCAAAAUGCUUGAAGAGGAGGCAGAAAUGUGUUUUUCUGGAGACGAAACCUCGACCGAAGAAGAUGAGAUCUUCGAGAAUCCGUGUUACGGAGAUGGAACAGAAACUUGAUGGAAUCUUAAAUAUCUUGGCCGCCAAAACUCAAACUGAGUCUCAGCCUAAUCCAUUCUCGGCACCUAUAUCUCCACCAGAAACCAUGUCGUUGGAUCUGUCAGAGAUUUUCGAGCUUUCUUAUCCAUCACUGCCGAUGGAAGACGCUAUUCCUAAGCCAUUUCAGCAAAUAUCCAUACCAACGACCCCUCAUUUUGGAUUUAGAGACUUUCAGGAUACCAUUUCGAAGGGUGUCGUCAACAUUAAACAGGCUGAAGAGGCUCUGGAAGAAUUUGCUGGUAAAGCUUCAGCCUUCCCUUUUGUGCUCCUUCCCCCGCACACUUCUCUAGAAUCUCUGCGGCAUGAACGGCCUGCCCUGUUACUUGCCAUUCUGGCGAGUACAUGUCAAAACAACAUCCCCAUUCAAAAUAUUCUUGAAAACGAGCUACUCGAAACCCUCAGUAGCCGUAUAAUUAUGCAAGGAGAGAAAAGUAUCGACUUAUUACAGAGUUUACUUUUAUAUCUUGCCUGGUAUCACUACCACUACAGCCCAGCGAAAGACAAUUUAUACCAGCUCACACAAAUGGCAAAUGCUAUGGUGAUUGACCUUGGGCUUCACCGACCAAAACUGGGUGCAAACCAAACAAGCUACUCGAACAUCCUUGGCUUUGAGUGUCCCACAGGAUUGACCCCUGUUCAGAUAGAAGAAAGAAGAACCCUUGUCGGAUGUUUCUGUCUGACAUCAUCUCUCAAGUACCAUGAUUAUAUUGAAGAAUGUGGUCAAGUAUUAUCGGAGGUCAGCGUUGCCGAAACUGAUAGGCUGCUACCAUUCUUUACACGGAUUCAUCGUCUUGGCGAGGAGGUUAGCGACGCUUUUGAUUAUUCCAAUCACGGGCAGCUGGCCAAGCUUGAUUCCGUACGAAUUGAAAUAUUCAAUCGGUCAUUCGCUCAGCAGUUCCAAGAUAUCCAAAGAUACUUUCCCCAAGAAGCUUGGAACAAUACUGUAUUGAGAGCAUCGUACGCACAUCUCCGCAUAUAUGUUACUGAGAUUUCUCUACACGCCGUGCCAUCAGAUGUCGACCGAUUCACGACAAACACGCCAUCCAUCCGAACCUCCUGGUAUGAUUCUCCCACGCGAGCCGAGAUGUUGAUUCGAUGUCUACAAGCUGGAAAAGAUUUCCUCGAUACAAUCUUAUCACUAACAGCCCUUGAGUUCGGCCGCCUUACCGCACCAAACUACAUUGAUUGCUUCUAUGUCCUCCUCCUCCUCGGGAAAUUCACUCAAGGCUGCGAGUCCCCCUCCCUCGAUGGCGAACAAGUCCGCCAGGCCGCCAACCUCCGCUACUACCUGGACGCUCUCGACGAAAAACUCGCCGCGCUCCUCGUAUACAACAAUGGCCAAGUCCAAAGAAACAACAUCUGGAAUAUGAAACUUCUCUGUCAUGAAAUCAACAGGUGGUACACACAAAUUGUCUCUGUAGCUCCCGGUUCGGACCAAGCAAUGCUCGGUAGUUUAAACAUCUCAUUUACAGAUAUCGUACCUUCAAUUCAGGAUCUUUGUGGUGAGGUCCUUGAUUCCUUUGCCUAUCUGAAGCCGGGCGAAUGUCCGUCGCCGAAUAUGAUGGGGGUAUUAAUGGCAUUUAUGGCAGCGGGGAGAAAUGUCACGACUGAGGAGCGUUGUUAA